AUGGUUCAAGGUACCUAUGCAACUGUAUACAAAGGUAAAAGUCUUCUAACAGAAACACUAGUUGCUUUAAAAGAAAUACGUUUGGAACAUGAUGAAGGUGCACCAUGUACAGCUAUACGUGAAGUUAGCCUAUUGCGUAAUCUACGCCAUGCAAAUAUAGUCACUUUACAUGAUAUCAUUCAUACUGAGAAGUCGUUAACAUUAGUCUUUGAAUAUGUGGAACGUGAUUUAAAACAAUAUUUACACGAUUGUCAUGGAAUUAUGCAUUCAGAUAAUGUUCAAUUAUUUCUAUACCAAUUAUUACGUGGUUUAGCUUACUGUCAUGAACGUCGUAUACUGCAUCGAGAUUUAAAGCCACAAAAUUUAUUGAUCAAUAGUAGAGGUGAUUUAAAACUGGCUGAUUUUGGUUUAGCUCGAGCUAAAUCAAUUCCAAUUAAAACUUAUUCUAAUGAAGUUGUUACUUUAUGGUACAGACCUCCAGAUAUUUUGUUGGGUUCAACUGAAUAUUCUACUCACAUUGAUAUGUGGGGUGUCGGUUGUAUAUUCUAUGAAAUGGCUACUGGCUGGCCACUUUUUCCUGGCUCCACCGUAGAAGAACAGUUAACAUUGAUUUUUAAACGAUUAGGCACUCCAAAUGAAACGAAUUGGCCUGGAGUUACAAGUCAUCCAGAUUAUAGUAAAUCGCUUAAAUACGGUCCAUAUCCUGGUGAACCAGGCGGUCUUCCACAUUUAACUCCACGUUUAUCACGUCGUGCACAUCGUUUGAUGACAGAGUUGUUGGUUUUUCCUGGUAUUCAACGAAUCUCUGCUAUGAACGCUUUGAAACAUGAAUAUUUUGUUGAUUCUUCCCGGUUUCCAUUUCAUACAUUUAAUAGUUUAUCAGCAGCUUCAAGUGUAUUCGAUGUUCCAGGUGUACGAUUAGCAUGUGAUCCUGGGCGUAGUGCUAGUCUACCGACAAAUCGUAUGAGUACUUCAAGUUAUUUCUCUACAAAUAAUGGAUAUAAUAAUAAUAAUAUUGUAAAAUGUACAAAUUCACAAGUAAAACUUAAUCAGUAUCAGUCACAAUAUGAAAUGAAUAAUUUAAUGAAACAUCGAAGUAAUCAUGAUUAUUAUGGAAAUCCAAUAUCUAAUUUAUCAAAUUGCAAUAAUGUCAAGGUGAUGGUGUCUCAAUUUCAAAAUCAUACUAAUAAUAAUAACAUUAAUAAUAAUAAUAAUAAUGGUAGUAAUAAUAACAAUAAUCAUUUCUUUCCUAAAUAUUAUCAUGAAAUCGGUAAUACACAUCCGCCGCCACCACCACCUCCGCAUCAAUCCAUCUCAUCGAAUUCAAUAAGUGCUUUACAAACAUAUUUUAAUAACACUGCUGAGAAUACUAUUAAUAAUAAUAAAAAUCAAUAUCAUCACCAAUCAAAUAGUGGUUUAUUGCAACAGUAUGCUGACAAUAAUAAUAGUACAUCUUGUCGACCAUAUUCAACAGCAUUCGAAUCAAAUUAUCCUUUCCCUUCUAUGUCGAAUUCAAGAUCAUAUAUCAAUUCGAAUUUUGUAAUUAGUCCAACUAAAUUCGCUGAUCAAUAUCAAAUGAAACCAAGCAUGGAAUCAACAUCAGUAGGGCUAGAUGUAACAACUAGCAAAACAUCAACUAAUCAUAAUAGUAAUAAUAAUAAUAAUAAUAAUAAUGCUACCACAGUUGUUUAUAAACCUCAAACAGUAAACCGUUCUAACUGGUUAAAUACUGGACGCCAAUCUUCAGGUCGAUUUGAAGAUCGCCGGCGUAGUCUUUUCUCAUGAGAUUGCCCUACAUUUGCAAUAUGCAAAAAUACAUACAAAGGAGACACGUUAUAUACGCGAUAGGUGCUUUGAAAUCGCUUCUCUUUCUUGCAUACACACAUCAGCUGGUCAUGACGAAGACUAAUUUGCAAUUACCUUGUUUCUAACUUUUUCAGUUUUUUUUCUUAUAAAAAUGUACAGUCUUCCAUGAUGAUGAUUCCUAGGUGGUCUGUCAGUGGUAGACGAGUGAGAUAACUAGUGAUUUAUUACUUCAUUUACGAUAUGCAUCACAUGAUCCUUUUAUCUUAUUGUUCUUCCGUUAUUGUUUUCCCUUUGUUUUCUAAAUAAAACUUAUUUGUGACUUGCUUUUGACUUUUAUCCAUGCAUUUUAUUUUCCAUAAUGUUGAGUUAUUCUGUCCUUUUUCAAAGAAUAUUUACAUACAUAAAUAAUGACCUUCUAGUGACAAGUUUUCAUUUUCUACUCGAUUACUACUAAAUGUUGACGCAAUACGUUUUUUCAACUUGUUUAUUAUCCAUCUGAAUAUAUAAAUAUUCUUUCAAUGUUCAAAAAAAGCAUUUCCCAAGUCCCUUAGUCAUAGCUUGACUUUCCUUUCGUUGUUUGAUGAUGAUUGUAUCUUCCGAGUUGUUUCAUUUAUCUGUCUGUAUCUAUCUUUUUACAUAAAAACAACAAUAAUAGGUAAAUAUAUAUACCAAACAAUGUAUAACGGCUGCCACGAAGUCAUACAAUUUCACCUAAAUAAACAAAAAAUCAAAGAACUUUUUUCAGUCUUCGUGCUUCUUUUUGCUGGCUAAUUUUUGUCAUUUGAGUGUGAAG